UGUUUUUUUUAUCUAAUUGAUUUUAAUAAAAAAAGAAAAUAAGAUAAAAAUAGACAAGAAAUAAAUCAAAAAUUUAUUUCAGAAAUGAGUGCUCAAGUGAUUAAUGAGCUGUUUCAGCAGAUUAUUGAUUCUGAAGAGAAGAUAAAAGAAAGGUUUCAAACUUUAAAAAAAUUAAAUCAAACAAUUGAAGAUCAGCAAUUGAUGUUAAAACAAACAAAAAAGAAAACUGAAGUUCUGUUUGCUACUUUGAGCGCUACAAGUCAAAGAUGCAUUCAAGAAGAAAUUGAAUUCAAUUGGUUAAAAGCAAGAGAAAAUAUACUUUUAGAACAGAAAAAAACUUCUUUGAUAGAGAAAAAUGAUUUAGCUGAAAAAGUUAAAGUUUUAGAAAGUGCAACGACAGUAGAAAGCUUAGAAUUUCUGUCAAGUUGUGAUAAAUUUUUGAAGGAAUUUGAACUCAUGAAUGAGAAAAAAUCUAGCUUUGAGGAAACUAUGAAAGCUGAUCAUAUCAAAUUGACAGAAGAAAACAAUAAACUACUGGAAAUCAUUCAUAGAUUGCAAGCACAAAAAGUUGAAAAUGAAAAAAUUACUGAGGAGAAAAAUGAGUUGUAUGAGGCAUUAAAACAAGUCCAUAUAAAAAAAAAAGAUCUUCUUAAAGAAUCUUCUGAGUAUGAAGAUGAAAUAUCUCAAUUAAUGUGUCUGAAGUCGACACUCACUAGCAACAACGAAAACAUUGAACUUCAACGCAUUUUAAAGGAGAUUAAUAAGGCAAACGAAGAAUACUGUUAUUUAGCUGAACAUCGUCAACAACUUAGCACACAGUGCUUUCAACGACAGCAAUGUAAAAAAAAGGGAGAUUCUAAUAUAAUAUUAAAGUCGCUAGCACCCAAGGAAAACUCACAAGAGUUAAAGAAAACUCGAUUAUUCUCUCUAUGUGGUUCAUCUACUUUGGUCCAACCUUCAAAAAAAAAUCGUUUUAAUUAUUUAAAACCAUUAAAAGAAAAUUCUUCCAAAAUUAUAUCAUCUAAAUGGAGGGCCUCUGCAUCCUUUCCCUCCGCACUUGAUGAGGAUUUGUUUGGGCUGGAGGUGAGCAAUCAAGAAUCUUUUAUGGAAGUCGUUAGUGACGGCAUCAGUGACGACGAGAAAACAAUUUAAAAUACAAUUUACAAAAAUUGAUAAUUUUUUGCAUUUUUUGCAUUUUUUUUUUUUUUUUUUUUGUAUUUUAGAAACUUAUCUAAUAUUUUCACUGAAAAUAAUCAAAUUAGUAAACGUCAACAGAACUUGUUCGAAAAAUUAUUACUUAGACAAAUUACAUUAAUUAUGU